GAGGAGUUGGCAACACUGCACAAUAUUUGCGCGGUCACUCGGCUUUCUUGUCAAUAUAAUGGAUCAUCACUGAUGAAACUCACAACUGUGCAAACUAUUGCACAACUUCAACUUCUAUCCACUUUUUGCAGUAGAAGGCUCUGACCCGGUACAGCAUAAAGCUUUCCGAUAUCAGAUUUUCUGUUAACUCCGUAGGCGAUCAAUGUCCUCGACUCUACUGAAGAUGGAUGUACUUCAUAUUUUGCAGACGAACUUUGUGUCUAUUGUAAUCGGAUUUGUCGUUAUUAUUUUAUUGUGGAUGAAUCGAGGCAAACAAAGCAACUCACGUUUGCCUCCUGGUCCUUCACCGAUUCCUCUGCUUGGUAACUUGUUACGAAUGGAUGUGAAAGCGCCAUACAAGCUCUACAUGGAGGCUAUCAAGGAUGCUUUUGUCACACAAGGAGAAGAGUUCAGCGGCAGAGCCAACUACCCCGUCAUCAUGACAGUCUCUAAAGGAUAUGGGGUGUUGGUGAGCAGUGGGAAGAGAUCAAAAGAUCUUCGCAGGUUCUCGCUGAUGACCCUUAAAACCUUUGGGAUGGGGCGCAGGAGCAUCGAAGAACGUGUCCAAGAAGAGGCUAAGAUGCUGGUGAAAGCCUUCGGUGAAUAUAGAGAUUCAGUUGUCAAUCCCAAAGAAUUGCUUUGCAAUUGUGUUGGCAAUGUGAUCUGCUCCAUAGUCUUUGGGCACAGGUUUGAAAAUGACGACCCAAUGUUUCAGCUCAUCCAAAAGGCUGUUGAUGCCUACUUCCAUGUACUCAGCAGCCCUAUUGGAGCGAUGUACAACAUGUUCCCUAGAAUCGUUUGGUGCUUUCCAGGCAAUCACCAUGAGAUGUUUGCUAUCGUUAACAAGGCCAAAGAUUACAUACAAGAGCAAGCAGAAAUCCGUCUUAAAACCCUUAACAUCUCUGAACCUCAGGACUUCAUCGAGGCCUUCCUGGUUAAAAUGCUGGAGGAGAAAGAUGAUCCCAACACUGAGUUCAACAAUGAUAAUAUGGUGAUGACUGCAUGGAGCCUGUUUGCUGCUGGAACAGAAACCACAUCAUCCACCCUAAGACAAUCAUUUCUGAUGAUGAUAAAGUACCCUCACAUUCAAGAGAGUGUUCAGAAGGAGAUAGACGAGGUGAUUGGCUCAAGAGUGCCCACGGUUGACGACAGAGUUAAAAUGCCCUACACGGAUGCUGUCAUUCACGAAGUCCAGCGAUACAUGGACCUCAGUCCCACCUCCGUACCCCACAAAGUGAUGAGGGAUACAGAGUUCUACAACUACCACAUUCCAGAGGGUACCAUGGUCCUGCCUCUGCUGUCCUCUGUGCUUGUUGAUCCCAAACUUUUUAAAAACCCAGAUGAGUUUGACCCAGAGAACUUCCUGGAUGAAAAUGGAGUCUUUAAGAAAAAUGAUGGAUUCUUUGCUUUUGGAGUGGGGAAGCGGGCGUGUCCUGGAGAGGCUCUGGCCAGAGUGGAGCUCUUUCUCUUCUUUACCUCCCUCCUGCAGCGCUUCACUUUCACCGGCACCAAACCUCCAGAGGAGAUCAACAUCGAGCCAUUGUGCUCCAGCUUUGGCCGCGUGCCGCAUUCCUAUGAUUGCUACAUCGAACUCAGGACUGAGGAGUGACCACUUUACUGUGGAGAGGUCACAGGCUCAGCUUCACAGUCAGCUGCUUGUCAUUAUACAGUAACCAUAGCCUUACAUUUACCACCUUUUUUUCUUGUAGACAACUAUAUAAGCGUUAGUGAGUUGUAUGCCUCUUGUUAUCAUCCUCAGGUAGGAUCUCUAAAGUAUGGGUUGAUAUUUUAAUGCUAAUAAGCAACUGUAAGCAACUGAAUUUGGUCUUGUUUUGUAGGUUGUUACGUGGUUAGGACUGUACAUCUAUACUGGCAAAGUACUUAAGAGGUACUGUACACUAUGUAUACUGUGGGGGUCACUUUGUUAUUCUGCUGAUGUAUUGUAACACAACAUUUGGUUGUCAUUUUUGCUUCAACUAAUAAAUAGUACUGCACACUUCAGCCAGAUUCAAACAAUA